CAGGUCAAGAAAAUGAAGGAAGUAAGGCCGGUGAAGCAAGUAAAGGAAGUGAGAGCUCUUUUGAAGCGUUAAGUCAUAAUAGAGAAGAGGCAAAUAACUUAGAUGUAAUUUCAGUAAAAGUAGGAGAUCUGUUUGAAGAUUUUGAACAUGCUGAAGAACACAUACAACGAUAUGCAGAGUUUAAAGGGUUUAAAACACGGUUAGCAAAAAAUCCAGAAAAUCCUGGAACAUCUGUUAGACAGGUAGAUGAACAUAACCAUGAGUUGUCUGUUGAAGCACUACAAUUUGAGAAAUUAAAGGCAUUUACUAAGGAGAUGCAAGAUGAUAUUGCAUUUUAU